AUGUCCAACUCCCUCAUCAACGGCGGCCGCCCAUCCACGCGCUGCCAGGCCACCAACAGCAGGGGCGAGCAGUGCCUCUUCCCAGUUCAAGACGAAAGGUGGGAUCUCGGCGCCCGCUUCUGCCACUGCCACCACUACCUGGACGAGAAGGCCUUUCUCGACGCCGCCGAGGCCCAGAUCAAGGACCUCGAGGCCCGCGUCCGAGAACAAGAGAUUGCCAAGGACAACCUCGCUCGGGAGCUGGAGGCCGAGAGGCAGAAGAAUGCCGCGCUGGAGAGGCGCGUCCGGACGACUACAGCCGCUCUCGACGAGGCUCGCGACAUGUCGACUCGCCUGACGAUCGAGCGCGACGACGCGGCUGCCGCGAGGGACCACGCCAACGCCGAGGUCUCCACCCUGUCGUCUCAGAUGGACACAAUCUCGUACCUGUUCUACAAGACCUACACGACGGUACCGCUUGACUCAACCCGCGUCAACAACCUGGAGGCAUCUCUCAGCACCGCCAGAACCGAGCGUGAUGCCGCCAACGCCGAAAGGGACGGCCUCCUCGCCGACAACGAGACGAAGACAGCUGCGCUCGACGACGCCCGCGAGACGAACGCUCGCCUGAGGACUGGGCUCGACAAUGCCCACGAGACGAACGAUAGCCUGACGACUGAGCUCGACGACGCCCGCGAGACGGCACAGCUUGACCAAGCCCGCGUCAGGAACCUCGAGGCAUCUCUCAGCACCGCCAGAGCCGAGCGUGAUGCCGCCAACGCCCAAAUGGACGGCCUCCUCGCCGACAACGAGACGAUGACAGCCGCCCUCGACGACGCCCUCAAGACGAACGCUCGUCUAACGACGGAGCGCGACAACGCCAUCGCCGCGAGGGGUACUACCGACGCCAUAUCAGCCAACAUCAACAAGGCGUGCGAGAUACUAGCCCGCUUUGACGCCGACGGGCGAUAG